CGGCAACAACGGCGCGCCGGAGGCUCCUCUGCGCGUGCGCCUGCGAAGGUGGCGCUUCCGCGGCGAUGUCCGGGCGGGUGAAGCGGGAGCGGGAUUCCCGCCCGCCGUCGGUGCGGAGCUCGCUGUCCAGCCGCGGCCCGCAGGAGCUGGGCGGGGAGGGCGGCGCGCCUCGGGGCCUGCGGGUCAAGCGGGAGCCCGCCGACGAGGAGCCCCGGGUCAAGCAGGAGCCCCUCGACGAGGAGGACGACGACGACGAGCCCACCGGUGGGUGCGGGGGGGGGGGAGCCGCCCGUCCAUCAAUCAACGCGCGCCAACCUGUGGAACUCACUGCCACAUGAUGUGCGCCGGUGGCCGUAGAGCUGCUGCUUUGCCUGCAGAACGCCCCAUGCUCGACCCCCCAGUUUAAAGGGUUUGGCGGAGGAAAGGGGGAGCUGCUUCUAGAGAGCUACUGCCAGUCUGAGCAGAGAAGAGGUGGAUGGGCAAGUAGCCUGGGUGUGAGACAGCUUCCGAUACCACUUGCUGGUAUCUGGAGCCUCGCUGCACAGAUGCGCUUUACUUCAGAGUAGUGGACGUUUAAGGGCAGAAGGCAUUUUCGCUCUGCUUGUGAGCUGCCUUUUUGGUUGUCCAGCUGCAGCUGGAAAUAGUGCGCUGGCCUAGAAGGAAUCUAGCAGCUCUCCAGGGUUCCACGCAGGGGUCUUUUCCAGAUUAGGUAGAGAUCGAAUUGUCUCUGAGUUAUGAUCUCUCCCUGCAACCUAGCCACUCUAUUGGUAAAACAGAAGCAGUAGUACAGUAGUUGCACAUCGUUCUGGCUGACUGUGUGGCUCAAUACAAUAGAGUUUGUAAACGGCUCAUAAAUUAAAAAUGUCAGUCCAUGCUGAUGCCAUGUCUGUAAAUAUCAAGUCUUUGGGUAUUUCAUAAGUUGCCACUUAGUCCAUAUGAGUUGUUUUGCUGCCAUUACUCCUUUAUGUGACCCCUGUGUGGAGUUAGUUUGUAUUUUGUUUUUAAAUUAUUUAGCUUGUCAAGAGUCCCAGUUGAUGAAACACUAUGCAUGCUUUUGAAUUCUACACAACUCUUUAUUAGUAGCGUGGACAGAUAGAAUCUUUAAGUGAAAGUCGAAAAAUUAGAAUAUCGUGGAAAAGUUCAUUUAUUUCAGUAAUUCAACUUAAAAGGUGAAACUAAUAUAUGAGAUAGACUCAUGACAUGCAAAGCAAGAGAUGUCAAGCCUUUAUUUGUUAUAAUUGUGAUGAUUAUGGUGUACAGCUGAUGAAAACCCCAAAUUAACAAUCCCAUAAAAUUAGAAUAUUGUGAAAAGGUGCAGUAGCUAUUCAAUCCAUAACACCUGCAAUGGGUUCAUUCGGAAGCACAAUCAUGGGGAAGGCUGCUGACCUGACAGUUGUGCAGAAAGCCAUCAUUGAGACCCUCCAUAAGGAGGGAAAGCCUCAAAGGAUAAUUGCAGAAGAGGUUGGAUGUUCCCACGGUGCUGUAUCAAAGCACAUUAAUGGAAAGUUACGCGGAAGGGAAAAGUGUGGAAGAAAAAGGUGCACAAGCAGCAGGGAUGACCGCGGCCUGGAGAGGAUUGACAGGAAAAGAGUAUUCAAACAUGUUGGGGACUUUCACAAGGAGUGGGCUGAGGCUGGAGUUAGUGCACCAAGAGCCACCACACACAGAUGGAUCCUGGAGAUGGGCUUCAAAUGUCAUAUUCCUCUUGUCAAGCCGCUCCUGAACAAGAAACAACGUCAGAAGCGUCUUACCUGGGCUAAAGUUAAAAAGAACUGGUCUGUUGCUCAGUGGUCCCAAGUCCUCUUUUCUGAUGAGAGCAACUUUUGCAUCUCAUUUGGAAACCAAGGACCCAGAGUCUGGAGGAAGAAUGGGGAGGCACACAAUGUUAGAUGCUUGAAGUCCAGUGUGAAGUUCCCACAGUCUGUGUUGAUUUGGGGAGCCAUGUCAUCAGCUGGUAUUGGUCCACUGUGCUUCAUUAAGUCCAGGGUCAACGCAGCCGUAUACCAGGAGAUUUUGGAGCACUUCAUGCUUCCUUCCGCAGAUGAGCUUUAUGGGGAUGCUGACUUCAUUUUCCAGCAGGACUUGGCACCUGCCCACACUGCCCAAAGUACCAAAACCUGGUUCAAUGCCCAUGGGAUUGCUGUGCUUGAAUGGCCAGCAAACUCGCCUGACCUGAACCCCAUAGAGAAUCUAUGGGGCGUUGCCAAGUGCAAGAUGAGAGACAUGAGACCGAGCAAUGCAGAAGAGCUGAAGGCUGCUAUUGAAGCUUCCUGGUCUUCCAUAACAUCUCAGCAGUGCCACAGGCUGAGAGCAUCCAUGCCACGCCGCAUUGAGGCAGUAAUUGAUGCAAAAGGGGCCCAAACCAAGUACUGAGCACAUAUGCAUGCUUCUACUUCUCAGAGGUCCAAUAUUGCUCUAUAUGCAAUCCUUGUUUUGCUGAUUUCAUUUAAUAUUCUAAUUUUGUGAGAUUGUUAAUUUGGGGUUUUCAUCAGCUGUACACCAUAAUCAUCACAAUUAUAACAAAUAAAGGCUUGACAUCUCUCGCUUUGCAUGUCAUGAGUCUAUCUCAUAUAUUAGUUUCCCCUUUAAGUUGAAUUACUGAAAUAAAUGAACUUUUCCACAAUAUUCUAAUUCUUCAAGUUUCACCUGUAUGUCAGGCUCUUCAUCUGGUUAAAGCCAAGCUAAUGAUCAAUACUUGGCACAGGGUUAAUGACAACAAUUGAAGUGGUUGAUGCUUUCAUUCUUAGAUAGUUGCUGUCUUAAACACACACUACUGUGAUCAUGUAUUCAGUAUUAGGAUGCUUAUUGACAAUUAUUGAAAGUGCAUCUUUAUCCCACUGUAAGGGGUUAAAUUGCAUGAAUAAAGGUCUAAAGCCCCUUUUGUGCUAUCUUAGAUAAAUUUGCACAGGGGAUUCUAAUACACUGGUUGUCUGUUGCUGUGGUGUGUUUUUAUUCUGCUAUUAGCUUCUUCUGUGUCACUUUGCUGCUGAAAAGAGUAACCAAGGAAGCUAAUCAAUACAAAUAAUUAUUUGGCCAAGGACAAGUUCAAUUUACAGUAGUUCAAAUUACUGCAUAUUUUAAAACUACUUCUGUAUGCUUUUUAUUCUUUCAUGCUAAAGACUCCAGCAUAUCUCAUAUAUAUAUUCAUUUAAAUUUAAGUGUGUGUGUAUCUAUAUCUAUACAUAUAUCUAUAACAAUGUCAGUAUAGCAUGUUUCUUGUUUGGUCCUCUCUUUCAGUGAAAUAUGGUCGAUUCGACCCAGAGGACCGACGGAGCAGGCACUGCCCAUACUUGGACACCAUAAACAAGUCAGUACCGAGAUGAAGCAAAGCAGGGAGCAGUAUAUAUUGUGGCAAUGCACAUGCAGAGAUUUAAAACCAUGUUGGUGGUGGUGAAAAAUUAAAAUAGGCAGUUUGCAACUUUAGCAAAGAUGUAGAAUUUCUUUAAAUGUUCAAACGAUGGGGAACAAUUAGUAAACUAAACAAGACUUACUGAAAUAUAUGUAAUAUUUACUUAUCGGAUCUAAAUUGAGGUUGUUAUGGGUUAUGUACACCAUGGUACAGAAACACUUUAGUGCAUUGUAUGUUUAUACAAAGCAAAGGUGGCUUUUUGUCCACAAGAAAAACCUCCAAACUCUACAGCUGAGCAGUACCUUUAUAGUCCAGGUUUUUUUGUGUAGUGUCAUGUGGACCAUGCUGGCUUCCUCCUGGAUUAAGUUGAAUAGUGUUUGAUUGGGGUAUCUGUCUGGUGGGAUUAAUUUACCAAUGUUCUGCCACUGUAGGAGCGUUCUCGACUUUGACUUUGAGAAGCUGUGUUCAAUCUCGCUCUCCCAUAUCAACGUUUAUGCUUGUUUGGUGUGUGGGAAAUAUUUUCAGGGUAAGUAAGUAUGCUUUGGUAUUAUAUGCUUCCUUUACAGACAGAAUACCAGUUCAGUGCGACUACACUACCUCUGUGGCAAAUGAACCUGGGACCAAACUAGCAGGAAUAGUUGUAAUGUGAAAUAAAGACUUUGUGAUCCAUGCCUUGCAUGACGUUACUGCUAAUGUGGCUCUUAUGAUCAAAGAGAUCUCACAAAUGAAGCUGGGGUGAUGGUGAUCUAUUAUAAUCUUUUUACUAUACUGCUAGAAGCCUGCAGUCAUGGAAUAAAUUGAUCUGCUGAAAUCAGCAUUUGAAAUGCAGGCUUUAAUCUACCCUUGGUUGGUCCUUCAAGUUGGCUGAUCACAAUGCUGCAGUGGCAACGGAAGUCAGAGGUGGCAACAGUCCCAUCUGGGUCUAGAUGUCAGUCCUAGCAACUCUGUGCCUCUCUGGUGCAUAAUCCCCAGCCUUCCAAACCUCCUUUGGCUGCCCCUCUACAAAUAGGUCUACUUUUCUCGUUUCCUCUUCACUUCUUCAUCUCUGUCUCAACUAUCCAUCGCAGUCCAGGCCAUUGACUGCCCUGGGCCAUUUCCUUCAGCCACGCUUCCAUUGCCCAGGCUCGCUGGUGCUCACUUUUCCCCUCACUUGCACAAAGUCCUCCAGCCUAUUAAACAUGAUGCAUUAUCUCUCAGUUCUUUGUUGCCUUGGCCCUUUUUCUCAAGCUUCAUUUCCCAACCAGCUUGGUUCCGCUUUCUGAAUCCUUGCUGCUCUCUUCCUUCAUCUUCCUUGCCUUUGAACCUCCUCACUAUUAAUUUCCUUAAAUCUGGACUUCUUUCAAGUCCACAGCCUACCUUUGGGAGGUUUUAAACCUAACCAAGCUGAAAACUUUCCAUGUGGAUUUGAAGUUAUUUAGUUCCCAAAACAGCUGGUCAUUCUUUGCCACCAGCUAAUUGUAUCACUGUGGCUUUACUACCACAAGCACAGUAUAAUACAGAUAACAAAUAUCCAUGGGUAGUUCUUAGGAUUGCUCAGGGAAGUUCCGUUACUAGAAGCCAAUACUGCAAUCCUGUCUUAUUCACAGUUUGUUUCUUGCUUGCCUCCUGUCUUCUUUGCAGGUCGGGGCUUGAAAUCCCAUGCUUACAUUCACAGUGUACAGUUCAGCCAUCACGUCUUCCUCAACCUUCACACCUUGAAGUUCUAUUGUCUGCCAGACAACUAUGAAAUCAUUGACUCUUCACUUGAGGAUAUCACCGUAUGUUGUCUUCCCUAUGAAGGAUGUGGGGGGUGGAAACAGUAGGCUCUUGCCAGACAUUGUGACUCUGCCACAUUGAGCUUCCGUGUGCUUUUUCUGCUGCCCCCAACCCUCGUUUCAGAGGCAGUUUUUGUUGCGCCCCAGAAAGUUGUCUUUACCUGAGCAUGUCUCACAUAUGUCUGGAAUGGAACUUUAGAGAUACGUAUUUUUGUAGACUUUGUUUUAAUCUAGUAAGAACUAAGUCUUAACUAAUUCUUUUUUAUAAAAAAGCCUUCAUCUUUACAUAAAGGUCAAGCCGGAAUUUUCAGCAGCCUAUUCAGUCCUGUUUAUCUUCUCCCCCCCCCCCCCCAGUAUGUCCUGAAGCCCACCUUCACCAAGCAACACAUUUCCAACUUGGAUAAGCAAGCCAAACUCUCUCGAGCCUAUGAUGGCACCACAUAUCUGCCGGGCAUUGUGGGAUUGAACAACAUCAAAGCAAAUGAUUACGCGAAUGCGAUUCUCCAGGUACUGUGACAUCUUUGAAAUGGAGAAGAGGGUGAUACUUCACUGAAGGUUUGGGAGGUUUGAUGGCCACACAUUAGGGGAGGUUAUAAUAGUUGGGUUUUCUGCCUUGUCAGCGGGGAAGGGGGUCCCUUCCAAGGCUAUAAUUCUAAGUAUUGAAAGUACACACAGUAGUCUUAGCCAGCUGUCAGAAAUCUGUUCUGUUUUCCAAAAGCUGCUUUAGUUCCACGAGUUUUCUUUUGAGAAUGGAAUCGUUUUUCACAACUCUCCUUUUUUCUUGGAAGCAUUGAGUGGCUAGGAAAUUCAUCACUAUAACGUCAGUGUAAACUUCUCCAUGUAAAGGAAUUUUGCUCCAUUGUAUUGCUGGGAUUUGCUUGUUGACCUGACUCUGGGUCAGAGACAAAAUGCUGAGGCCAAAGAAUAUGCAGUAUGGUUUGUGUGGUUGUUUACGUGUCUAACAGCCUGGUGAACCCAGACUAUCUUCUUCCAGAUACUUGAACAUCUUAUUUGCUUGUAUCUGACCUGUUGGUGCUACCAGCUCAAAUGCAGACACUGAAUUCAAGAUAAUGGGCAGGGUGGGUUUGGGCAUAGAAUUAUAGAGUUGGAAGGGACCAUGAGGAAUCUUUUGCACUACAUAGGGCUCAAACCCAUGGCCCUGAGGUGAGGAGUCUCAUUCACUACCAGCUGAGCAUGUUCAGUUUGUGCCUGGCAAUCAUCAUUCAUGCCUUCAUAACAGUUACUUAGUGCUACUAUUUUCUGAUUGGUGCCUGGCAGGAUUACAAAAUUUAAUGUUGGAGUUCCUAUAAUUCACACAUUAAAAUAAUACAAUGGGUGAAAGGGAAUAAUCCAGCCUUCCCAAACCUAAGCCUUUGAGAUGUUUUGGACUAUAACCCUGUAUCAUCCCCAGUCAGCAUGACACUCUUUCGGCCCACCAUCAUACAGCAGUGCUGGCUGGGGCUGUUGGGAGUUGUUGUCCAAGACAUCUUGAGGGCAUCAUACAUAGGAAGACUGGAAUACACAAUGAUUAAAAUUAAAUGGAGCAAGGUGAUAUGGUGGACUUGGGAUGGCACUCUGAUAUUUGUAUUGUAUCUUAAAUUAACUGAGUGGGUUACAAAAUGUUAGAUUUUUAACCUGAUAAGUUUUUGUGGUGGUAGAGGCUGUACUUUGACAUAAGUGGAGUAUUUUGUCCCUGAUCUUUAACCUCUCCGUGCCUAGGCCCUGUCUAAUGUCCCACCACUGCGGAAUUAUUUUUUGGAAGAGGAGAACUACAAGAAUAUCAAGCGCCCUCCAGGAGACAUCAUGUUUCUGCUGGUUCAGAGGUUUGGAGAGCUCAUGAGGAAACUAUGGAAUCCUCGAAAUUUCAAAGCUCACGUCUCUCCCCAUGAAAUGCUGCAGGCUGUGGUUCUCUGCAGCAAGAAGAACUUCCAGAUCACCAAGCAAGGUGGGACAUGGGGGGGGGGGGAAGCUUAUUGUUUUCUGCUGGUACUAAGAGAUUAGAGGAACGCUGCGGUGGCCACCUUUAUCAGAUGUAGCUACUCUUAAAUACAGUAGUACCUCGGGUUACAGACACUUCAGGUUACAGACUCUUCUAACCCAGAAAUAGUACCUCAGGUUAAGAAAUUUGCUUCAGGAUGAGAACAGAAAUCACGGUGCAGUGGCAGGGGGAGGCCCCAUUAGCUAAAGUGGUACCUCAGGUUAAGAACAGACCUCCAGAACGAAUUAAGUUCUUAACCAGAAGUACCACUGUAGUGGCAGGCAACUCUCUAAAGGGUUUUAUUUAUUUUAAUGGAUUUCAUCUUCCUCUUCCUCCAAGGAAGUUGCACAGUACCUGAUAAGCAUUUCUCAUUAUUUGCCCUCCCCACAUUCUGAACCCUCCUUCUAUGACCUCUGUUCAUAGCUCUAGUGGUUUUCUCCAAACCAUUGUCUGCCUUUUCCACCUUCAGCUCAACUCAACUGUUGCUCCACUUUGUCAACCUACUUUUCACCCCUCUGUUCCCCAGGCCCUUUCUCUAUCCCACUCAGUAUUUCCUUCCUCUUCUUGCAUGGUUGGAUGCCUCUGGAGAAGAGCAGGAGUGUAAAUAAAUAACAAGAGGGGGAGGACUUGGCCCCUUCUUUUGCUAGGACUGAAGCUCAUGAUUGCCCACCUCAUAGGAAGGAGGUUGGCUUUUAACUGUAGAGCAGACUUCCCUGCCUCAGUGCCUUCCAUUUGCUGGCUGGGGCUGAUGGGAGUUGUAGUCCAAAAGAUCUGGUUACGGAAGGUGCUGAAGAGGUGAGAGUCCUUGUGCCCAGCAGUGUGCUAGGCUUAUAGCCCUGCUCUACCUCGAACUACCUUUAGAAGUUGUCACUUUUUCAUGCUCUUCAUCUCUACCUUUUCCCUCGUUGCAGGUGAUGGGGUUGACUUUCUAUCCUGGUUCCUGAAUGCCUUGCAUUCUGCUCUUGGGGGGACAAAGAAGAAGAAAAAGAGUAAGUAAAAGAGGUUGAGACCCCUGCAAUAACCCGUGUGCUGUGUUUCAGAUAUACGUACAGCCACUCAAAAUGCAGGAAAAGAUACAACAUCAUUAAAGAUGUAUGGAGUAGUACAGGUGGCCAUUUGAAAUCAGGCAGUCAAAACUAAACGACCUGGGUGAUUUUUUUUAUUUUUUAAGUAUUCACCUGAGCAAAGGGACUGUCAAGUAAGCUUCCCUUGGGAGUGAGUUCCAGAGGUGGGUGCAACAACCGAAAAGGACAAUCUAUUUACACCUUACCACAGGUGGGACCAGUGGAAGGGUCCCUGAGUGUCUUACUACAAAGAAAGUUUACAUGGAAAGAUCAAGUUAUUGAGGUAUCCUGGUCUUAAAGCAUUGAGAGCUUUGAAAUUAAAGCCAGCACCUUGAAUUGGGGUUAGAAACAGACUAUGAAGCUGAUUGAAGACUGGCAAGAUGCAUGGCAUCUGCUCUGUCUCAGUUACUGCAGUGUACAGAAGUUCAGGUACUAGCUGUAGCUUCCAGACGGUCUUCAAGGGCAGUCCAACAAGCUGUGCUUUGCAAUAGUCCCAAGUAGGACAAUAUCAUGCAGUAAUUGUGGCUAGGUUACCUCUGACUAGUAGAAACCAUACCUGAUGAACGUAAGCCCAGAGGAAGGGUCUUCCUUUGUCCAAGGCCAUAUGUGCUUCUAGUGAUAUGGCUGGAUCCAGUACCCCUUCCCUAAUUGGAAGCCUGCUGUUCAAGGUGUCAAGUGCAACUCCAAUCCAGAACAGGCUACACACCAUCUUCCAAAUCAGAUGAUCAUUUCCCAGAUUCUCAGGACUGAGCUUAAAGAAGUAGAUGUUUACACUGAUUUUGCACCCCAGUUCCAUUGGUCGCCAGUUAAUGAACUGGGAUAAAUGGGAAGGGCUGGCAUUAACCUUUACUGUCUUUUUUAUUGCAUUCAUUGCUUUUAUCCCCCUUUUCCUUCCUGAGAGAACUGCAAAGUGACUAAUGGCAAACAGAAGAAAAUGGAACAUAAACUAUUAGAAUAAUUAGUAUAACAAAGAAGUAUAUAUAUCAAACUUUGAGGAGGUUGGGCAAGAAGGGAUGAAAAGCAAUUUCCUUUACUUGGUUCUUUAUGUCUGUAGCCAUUGUGACAGACGUUUUCCAGGGCUCCAUGCGGAUAUUCACCAAGAAAUUGCCACACCCUGAUCUGGUAAGUUCUUUAUUGUAUGGGUUAGAUUCUUGAUUACAAAAGGGAAAAGCACAUGGAGUCGGGAAAACCUUGAUGGCGAGAGGUGGCUAAUGCUUGUUGAGCCUAUCACUGCAGGAAAGUGUUGUAGAGUUUAAUUAGUGACACUGGACACCCACAAGCAGUCCUAAGUCUGUGUUUGACCAUGUAGAUCAGUGGGUUCCGAAGUGGACAUUACCAUCCUCUGGGGGGAGGGGGGUUACCAGGGGGAUGGUAAGAGCCUGAAAUGUCUCAAGACCGCAGGACCUCAAGGAUCUCCAUUUGAGCCUACCUGGACACAGAGAUCUGGGCCUUUUCUGCAGUGGCUCCCUGCUUGUGGAAUGCUCUCCCCAGGCCUCCCUAGGGAGGCACCUUCAUUAUAUACCUUUAGGCACCAGGCAUACAGGUUCCUCUUUACCCAGGCUGAUUGACAUCCCUUUUAAAUGUGUUGUGGAAGGGGGCAUUAUCAGUUUGUUUUUGUUUUUAUUAUGUAUUUUGUGCUUAUAUUGUAAUGUUAUGUGAACUGCCCUGAUUUUUACGGGUAUACAAAUCUAAUGAAGAAUAAAUAAUGAGGCUACAUGGAGGUGCUGGAGGUAUAGAUGGCUAUCAGACUUUGAAUAGCUGGUAUCACUGGAUCAAGGUCAUCAGUUUUGUUGAGUUGAUUAAAUUAAAUAGGUUUAACUAAAUUUUUAAUAAAUGUGCAAUUAGUUGCCACUGUUUUGAAUUGUCUUACAAUCUUUCGUAGUGGGUUGUGCAAACUACUAUUCUGAAUAAUGCUUUUAAUAGGAUAGGGUACGCUAGGGGAUGAGUUUAUGGAACUAAGGGGGUGGGGUCCUGAAAAGCUUUGGGAAACACCAGUGUAGGCAGUCAGUAAACACUUCUGUAUAUAUCAAAGUCUGGUGGCCUGAAGGUUCCUCACACUUUUCUUACUGGAGCCUUGCAUUCAGCUGUGUCUGCCACAAGUCUUUUUCUCCUGCACUACCUGCUUUGUUUUUCUCAUUCUCUGUGUCUCCCUCUCUCAGCCAGCAGAGGAGAAGGAGCAGCUGCUCCAGAAUGACGAAUACCAGGAGAAAAUGGUGGAAUCCACUUUCAUGUAUCUAACCCUGGACCUCCCCACGGCUCCCCUGUACAAGGAUGAGAAGGAGCAACUCAUCAUUCCCCAAGUACCGCUUUUCAACAUCCUGGCCAAGUUCAACGGAAUUACAGAGAAGGUAACUAUACAUUCCCCCCUCUCUGCUUCCACACCCACAUCCCCCACCAAGGAGGAUUGGAGCUGGAAGCCACAAUCCAGAUUGAGAGGUCCGUGGUGCUGACUUCAGGCAUCACACCUUCCAAAUGUUGGUAUCGUGACACUCUCAUUAAUCAGUGGAGAAAAACGUGGCUUGAAAGGGGGAACACGAGACUGUGUAGGAUGUAAAUGCAAUCAAUAAAAUAACAAGGGAAACAAAGGGCACUGGGGUGCAGAAGGGAGGAACAAGCUGACUUUUAUUAGAACAAUCCCAAGAAAGAUCCCACAAAAAGGGAAUGUUGAAGUUUUUGGUGAGAGUACUCUUGAGAUUCAAGAGAAUAUCAAGGGAAGCCCAGUGUUCUAGUUCUGUGCCUAAACAUGGUUUACUUUUCUCUGACUUAAAAGUGGUGCUUUGGGUAGAUGCAGGGCAAUCAUGCUAGUUGAAAAGAGAUCCCAAAGUUGCAGAGUUCAGCACAGUGCAAGAUUCCCUGAGAAAAGUAUGUUUCCAAGCAUUGUUUUUCUCUCCUUCAGGAAUAUAAAACCUAUAAGGAGAACUUCCUAAAGCGUUUCCAGCUCACCAAGUUGCCUCCUUACCUCAUCUUCUGCAUCAAGAGGUUCACCAAAAACAAUUUCUUUGUGGAGAAGAACCCCACCAUUGUCAACUUCCCCAUCACGUAGGUGCUGCCUUUCUCUAUGGGAUGCGGCCGUGACCUGUGUCCUGGUUUGUCUUCAUGAACUUGAGGCGCUGUCUGAUGCAAAGGCUCCCAGAGCUGCCUGCAGAUAUCAGUGUUGAGUCAGUCCCUGCUCUCAGACUUAAAAUCCGAAAGACAAAACACAGAAAGGAAAAUGGUUUAGAAGGGAAAAAGAAAACCCAGGCACUUUUUCUUAGAGUUCUUAAAAUGACCAGUUGCCAUUGUGUUGCUUUAUACCAGGGGUCAGCAACCUUUUUCAGUUGUGGGCCAGUCCACCGUCCCUCAAAACAUUGGGUGGGCAGGACUAUAUUUUGAAGAAAAAAAUGAACGAAUUCCUAUGCCCCACAAAACCCCAGAGAUGCAUUUUAAAUAAAAGCACACAUUCUACUAAUGUAAAAACACACUGAUUCCUGGACCGUCCUUGGGCUGGAUUGAGCAGGCGAUUGGGCCACAUCCAGCCCCCGGGCCUUAGGUUGCCUACCCCUGCUUUAUACCAAACUAACCCAGCCUGGUGCUCUUAGUGUUUUGGACUACAACUAUCAUCAGCUCCAGCAUUAUAUGGCCUUUCUUGCUGGGGCUGAUGAGAUUUGUAGUUGAAAACACCUGACAGCAUCAAAUUGCGGAAGGCCUCUAUAUUGAGGCAGACCAUUAGUCAAUCUACUUUGGUAUUGUCCACACUGACUGGCUAGGACUCUCCAGAGUUUCCCCCAGCAGUCUUUCCUCCCCCUGAGUGCAAAGCAGGGCUCACUCCAUUGGCUCUGGUGUGAGAGGUCGCCUCCAUCAAGCACCUUCUGCCCCUGAACUGUGCCAGCAGCUGGCCAUGUAUGUCAUGUUUUUUAGAUUGUAAGCCUGUGGACAGGGACUGUCUUAUUUUGAUUGUAUGUAAGCUGUUCUGGGAGCCUUUGGGGAUGAAGAGCGAGGUACUAAUGCUCUAAAUAAAUAAUAAUACCUGGGGAUGCCAAGAAUUUUAAUUUCCAUUUUUAUUUCAAGUAUUUGCACACCACUUUUCAUCAAGCUGCUUUUCAUCAAGCUGUUUGGCAGGGGCACUGACGUUCUCAGUGCAGUGGCAAUGGGGGGCAUUACUGUCAGGAACCACCAUUACUACCACCAAGUUAAUAGCUUGUUUCUCUCCUUUCUGCAGCUGCCUAUUACUUCAAAGGCCAGAGAGCCAUUUGCUGAAAGUAGUGACAGUGGAAACCACUCGCUGGCAGCCCACUUUGGGGUGGGAGAGAGCAGCCUGUAUAUCACCCUCUUAGCCCCUUCUUUAAAACUAGUUUAUGGCAAUGGCUCUAUAUGUGAUUGUACGUAGCUCGUGGCACAGACUUUGCCUCUUACUGUACACUUCUGAGUAUCGCCUACAGCAUUCUGAGCAGGGUCUCAGCAGGAGUGAGCCUUUCCCGCAUUUCACUUUUGUUAGUCUCCUGGUUCUCACAAUUGUGACCCAUCCCAUGCUGGCAUUCAAAUAAUUGGACACUGGCUCUUGAAACUGUCAAGUAAAGGAGGUCGUACCUUCUCUCUGUUUCCUGUUUCUUUCAGCAUACAAACCUAUUUAUUUGUUACUAACCCUUGGAUGUUGCAAACCUUGAACCAGGCUAUCAGACCUGAAGCAGAAGGCGCUCUAUUUGGCAGGGGUCCACACAUUUUGGCUUGCUUACUAGUCAAAGUGUGUAGCUGUCAACAGCCCCCUUCCAGAGGGCUUCUCCCAUGCAAGUGUGACUUUUGCAGGAUGCACUGCAGCAGCUCAAGUGGUGGCUGCCCCACCACCACCACUCGAGCCCAGCAAGCAGGAUUUCUGGGCUGAGCAUGUUGGGAUGACCAUUCAAGGCUGGCAGGCAACUUUCUGAACUGUAUGGGCCUCUGCCUUUCAAAAGGGAGGCUGCAGGCACUCCUGUAUCUUACAGUUUCUCACUUGCCUCCCUUCCUGCUAUAGGAAUGUAGAUCUCCGGGAAUACCUGUCUGAGGAAGUGCAGGCUGUACAUAAGAACACAACCUAUGAUCUCAUCGCAAACAUCGUGCAUGAUGGGAAACCAACAGAAGGGGCCUACCGGAUACAUGUAUUGCACCAUGUGAGUCUUGGGUCCAUUGCACCAUGUAUUGCACCACGUGAGUCUUAGCUCAGACUUGGUCUUGUUGAUUCCUGAGAUUUUGAAAGUGGCAUUCAAAAUGCAGCUUUAACUUGGUCUGAGUUCCAGCAGCAAACUCUUUUGCCAUGUUGUUCUCCUUGCUAGCCUAUCUCCUGAUGUGGCUUUCCUUUCCUGGUGUUGCAGGGCACAGGCAAGUGGUAUGAGCUGCAAGAUUUGCAGGUGACAGACAUUCUUCCCCAGAUGAUCACCCUCUCUGAGGCUUACAUUCAGGUUAGUACUGGGUUUUGGUGAUGGUGAUGGUGGGGUUUUGAAGGGAGCUCUAGUUUUGCUAGGUAGUGAAAUCCCAUGGAAACCGCCUGCUGUGCCUUUUGCCACCGUGAGGUCCCAGGGAGCCCUCAAGAGCACAAAAAGGCCCUGCAGGGUCCCAAGACAAGCAGCAAUGAGGUGCCUGCUGGUGACAUCUCCCUCUGUGUGCAAGCUUUGCGGAUUUUGCUGUUGGGGGUAAAGCAUAAAACCUAAACAAGUGGGCUGGAAUCAGUCUGGCUCUAACAGGAGUAAUUCCUUUCGGUGGCAUAAGAAGAAACCUGAGUGCAGUUGCACAGGCAGCUGAAGUAGACAACAAAGUUUGGUUGCAUGCAAUCUCUGCUUACAAUGCGUUUCGAUUCUGUAGAUCUGGAAAAGACGAGAUAGCAAAGAGGAGACCAACCAGCAAGGGGCUUGAAAAGGGAAACGGAGAGCGCCAGAAGGAUGCAGAUGCAAUCACAGCAUCACCUCUACUGUGAAAUGGAGACUGGUGUUUGGUGUUCGGUCAGUCAAGCUGGUGUUGUCUUUUAGAAGCCUCUCUCUUCCUGUUCCUGGCUCUGUUCAUUAAGCAGCCCAGCAGGGAAUGGACUCCUUGGUGCCACUUGGCAGCUCAGUCCUGGCUAUGUUUUCAUUGGAGAAGAACAAGCAAGAAGACAGGGCAAGAGUGUAUUUUCUCGACUUCUUUGGGCACAGCUAACUCUGCAUCCCAUUUCAUUGUCCAGCAAGUCUACCUAGUGCUGAAAUCAAUUUCAGGGGGCGACAGGAGAAGGCCUUUCCCUUGUGUUUUGUUCAAGGCUACUACUUCUGAGUCCUGUGUGCAUUAAAUGUGUAUACUUGGUUUUCUAAUAUGGUAUGUCUUUUCUCCAGAGCAAACUCUUUUGCUGAAAACUGGACUAGCAUUCAGCAGAAAUGGUCACGUGAUGAGCAAGUGCAGUGAUGGCUAAAGUGAGUGAAAGGGGCCAUGUCCUCUUAUUAACUUCAUUUGCAUCAAUGACAUCCCUAGGCCAUGUCCACUCUCUGUAGUUGUUAUUAAUUUCCACCCCUUCCCUCCUUUGCCACAAUAGCUUCCCCUUAAUGUAGUGAAGCAGGAUUAUGAUGGCAGGUGGAGAAUGAACACUCUGCCUUCACCACCAUCCCAGUCAGGUGCCACUUCCACUUGGAGGACCACCGGAAAUCCCUUUGGUGGCCGCUUAUGGCCUGCAGGCCACAGUUCAGCCACCUGAGUUGGAAAGUAGCACUUCACUUGGACACUGAUUUUGCUAAUAGUUACAACUUUCAUACAAGAGUUCUAACCGUCAAGUAGCAUCUCAGAACUUGUGUCUCACUGAGGUAUUGCUAACAACAAAUGUUUGAAUUGAUGAUGCUUGAAAACUGGAGCAUGGUCUUCUGGUUCCCUUUGCUGCAACAGCUUCAUGCUCAGACACGUAUGAAAUUAGACCAAGAGUUUGACCAUAGUAUCCUCCUGGACCAACUGCUCAGGAUGGAUAUUGAAGGCACUUUUACAGUGGCUUUGUUCCUACCUGUGUGGCUUGAAUCCUGAGAGUAAUAUGGGGAGGGGGGUUCGGCUCCCUGGCACUUGUGCUGUAGAGUUCCACAUUGGUCCCCAAUGUUAUUUAAUAUCUACAUACAGUGGUACCUCGCAAGACGAAUGCCUCGCAAGACAAAAAACUCGCUAGACGAAAGGGUUUUUUGUUUCUUGAGCUGCUUCGCAAGACGAUUUUCCCUAUGGGCUUGCUUCGCAAGACGGAAACGUCUUGCAAGUUUGUUUCCUUUUACUUAACACCGUUAAUACAGUAUUGAAUUGACUUCGAGGAGCAACUCAUAGAACGCGGUGUGGUAGCCUUUUUUGAGGUUUUUAAAGACUUUGGUGAUUUUUGAAGCUUUUCCAAAACUUUCCCGACACCGUGCUUCGCAAGACGAAAAAAAUCGCAAGACGAAAAAAAUCGCGGAACGAAUUAAUUUCGUCUUGCGAGGCACCACUGUAGAUCUAUUGAGAGCAGGACUUUUGGAGCUUUUUUUGGGAGGUAGGGUGGGAUAUAUCUUUCAUAAUAUCUGAAUCGGGAGAGGCUGUGGAAGUCCUGGACCCAUGACUGAAUGCAGUGGUGGACUGAAUGAGAGCCAAUAAACUGUUUGGAUCCAGGGAAGAUGGAGGCUCUUUGGGUAGGAGGUUCAUGUGUCUGUUCUGGUGAG